GUAAAGUGUGAGAUUCUUACAGCCUCAUACUAGUCAUACAGGUACACGACCAACGAAACAGAGCUGAAUUGCUGAAGUGUGAUACAGCCAUGGAAAGAUUCAAAUGGUGGCAACAUUUCUACUUCAUUGGUGCUCUAAUUAUCAACUCAGUUGUGACAGAAGUGUCCAGUCUACAGUUCACCCAAGAGCCCGGCAACCAUGUUGCCGUGGCAACACAGCCCACCUGGUGGCAUUGCUCCGCCCACAGCAAUGACCCAAUCACCUAUACCUGGUCCCACGGCAACCAGCCUGUCAAUGGCCAGCCCAACUACGAGGUGCUGUCCAAUGGGACGCUUCAUAUCAUUAGUGUCAGCCAAUCAGAUGUCGGCUCUUAUACAUGUCAGGCGAGGACCUCCAGAGGAGAAAUCAUCACCAGUCGAGAGGCCCUUCUAACAUUAGCAACCAUCGGUAGCAGUUUCAGUACCAGCCCACAAUCGCAGAGCCGUAAUCUAGGCGGAUCGGCCACCCUGCACUGCACCAUCGCCAGCAACCCCCAGGCCGCCAUCGCGUGGCUCUUCAACGGUGGGGACGUCGCUGAUGGGACCACCGUUGCCGUGACGACGGUAGACUCCGCCACCAGGAGCACUUUGACAAUCGCCAACCUGGAGCAUCGGCACGGAGGACUGUACCGUUGCCUAGCGACCAACACCCUCUUGCCAAAUUCUGCCGUGUAUAGUGAUAGCGCAACGCUCAUGCUUAUUGGGAGACCAGGCUUUGUCGUUACCCCGUCACCAAAAACGAUAGCCGUCGGCGGUACGGUGACUUUUCAGUGCGAGACAACAGGGAGCCCAUCGGCGUCGGUACAGUGGCUGGACCCCAACGGCAAUGUCAUCCAGAAUUCCGGUAGGUUCACCUCCACUCCAACAACCCUCCGCAUCACAAACCUCCAAAUGACGGACGCGGGGUUCUACACCUGCCAGGCCACCAACGAGUGGGGUUCGAACUCCGCCUCGGCACUACUGACCGUCGCUGAGGCGGUUCAGCAAGUAGUUUUCACAAUGACUCCCUCGGAUCAGUCGGUGGCCGUGGGUAGCCGUGUGACGUUGCCAUGCAGUGCGGUAGGCAGCCCAGAUCCUGUCAUUACUUGGAGCAAGCAAGGUGGCACGCUCCCCUCUGACAGAGUGGAAGAGCCUGCGCCUGGCUGGCUGAGAAUAACCAGCGUCAUAGCAACAGACUCGGGCGUGUACAUCUGCACGGCCGGUAACGGCCUGAGUAGCAUCAGCUCACAGGCACAACUCAUCGUUCAAGUUCCACCGAGUUUCACGGCCUCCCCGGUUGAUACCACUGUCCUUGCAGGGGAGUCGGCCUUCUUCCAGUGCCAAGCGGAGGGGAAUCCCACCCCUACCAUCACAUGGACUACACCUACCACAGGCACCUUACAGGCACCCAGCGGCCCCCAUGGAGGAGUGGAAGUGUCUGGAGAUGGGACGCUAAGGGUCAGUCCCACUGAGAGGCGACACGCCGGGACGUACGUUUGCACGGCAACAAACUCUGUCUCAGUCAUCAGUCAGAGUGCGACGCUGAGAGUGCAAAGUUCACCGGUUAUCACCACCUUCCCCGUCGACCAGCGCGUCAUCGAGGGCUCGUCCGUCCAGCUGGCCUGCCGGGCCGAGGCCGAUCCGACACCCAGAGUCACCUGGCUCUUCAACGGCGCCCUCAUUGUCAACGACCCCAAACACAGCGUGUACGGUAAUGGCGACCUGACGCUGCUAAACCUGGAGAAGGCCCAGGAGGGGGCGUACAUGUGCCGGGCGGCGAAUGACCUAGGGGUGGAGGAGGCGUCUGCUGUUGUUGUGGUGCUGGUUCCGCCAGAUUUUGCCAUUUAUCCCACCGAUUUGAUCCUAGAGCUGGGUGACUCGGUCAUACUGGACUGCGUAGGCACGGGGGACCCAUCCCCUGUACUUCAUUGGUUAAAGGAUGACCAGCCCUUGGUGCUAGAGUCCAACAUUGCUGUGUUGGCCAACUUCAGCCUGUCACUGAGUGACAUCACCGAGGCUAACCUGGGCACCUACACCUGCGUGGCCAGCAACGAGGCAGGAACCAAUCAGAUCUCAGCUCAGGUCUGGACACCAGACAUACCCUUUUUCACCGUCCCACCUACCAACACCACGGCCAACGAAUCCAUGCCAGUGACGAUCCCCUGCCAAGCCUCAGCCCGCAGUGAACCAAUGAUCAGCUGGUACCUCGUGGAUGACCUCGGCAAUCGAGGGAGGGAGGUGGGGCUGGGGACCGAUCCGCCAGGGUCUCGCGGGGCGGGGAGCUUCGUUGGAGCAGACGGCGGUUUGGUGUUCUCGGAAGUAUCCAGGUCUGAUCAGGGAUCGUAUGAGUGCGUGGCGAGUAACGAAGUAGGCAGUGUGGCCAAAACAGCAAUACUCCUUGUCAACAUUGCCUCUGAGAUUAUCAGCGUCACCAGCCCUGUCACUGUCUCCGAAUCCGACUCCCACGUGAUCCUGCAGUGCGUCACCGCCGGUCAGCCCCGCCCACUUCUCACCUGGUACUUGCCCACCGGUUCCCGGGUACCGGACGACCCGUCAAUGUACAACACCCAGCCGGCCAAUGGGUACCUUGUGGUCUACUCGCCGUCUGUCGAGAAACACGACGGGGACUUUUCGUGCCUAGCGGAGAAUUUCUUGGGAAACGAUAGUGCAGUUGUCACGGUGAUCGUACAAGGAGUUCCAAUUCUAACGCGCUUGCUUGCAACAACAACUGAAAGCGCAGUGAUGUUGCAGUGCCUGACCAAAGGCUCACCGACCCCCACACGGACGUGGUCAAGGGAUGGGCUGGACAUCAGCGCUGGCCUGGCCGGUCACUUCAUCGACAGUGACGGAGGUCUGGUCAUCCAGGAUCUAGAUCUGGCUCAAUCGGGGACAUACCGGUGCAUUGUGGGUAACUCCUUCGGACAGGUGUCGGCUUCGUUCAGAGUUCCAGACACCCCUGGUACCCCGCAGGUCACUGCCAUCACACCGACCUCCAUAGACCUCGCCUGGUCCCCCCCAGCUCCAACCAGCAAUUUCACCCACAUCGGUUACCAGCUGCAGUACAUACGCUUCACAGAUGCGGACUACCGGGACGUUGCCGAGGUGAUAGGAGAUCGCUUUACUUCGGUGAUGGGAUUGGUGCCGUACACCGGAUACGCCUUCCGCGUCCGUGCCAUGAAUGAGCUAGGAGGGGGAGCGUUUAGUCUGGUGACGCCGUUUGUUCUCACAGCGGAAGCAGUUCCCAGUGAACCGCGUGACCUGCAUGUGACCCCAUCAGGUGACACCCUAAUAGUCACCUGGUCAGAGCCAGAGUCCCUGAAUAGCAACCCAGGUAACAUUGUCUACCAAAUUGCCUACCGUCUACAAGAUGAGGAGCCAGGUCAAGAGACUGUUCUCUCCCACGACCACAAUGACCUCCCUUACAGUGUGAUCAUACCAAACGUGAGACGUAAUGCCGAGUAUCGUGUGCGCAUCCGUGCAGGGAAUAUCCUUCUAGGAGAUUGGAGUGACUAUGCGAGCAUUGAUGUGCAGACACUGGUUGAUGCUCCUGUGAAGUCAGUCACUGGUCUGAAGGCCAUAGCGCUGGGUUCGUCUGCAGUCAAACUUCAGUGGGAGCCCGUUGAUGACGCAACGUUCGACCACUACAACAUCGCUUUCCGUCAGCUGGACAGCAACAUGUCCUACGAGACCUUGCAGGUCGCAGACAUUGCCGCCGACAACCUCACCAUUACAGGCUUGAGAGAGAACACAGACUACGCAGUCAAGAUAUCCUACACCAAUGGGGGUCAAGGACCGUACUCCGAUGAGGUCCAGGUGAAAACGGAACUCGAGCCUCUGAGCCCCAACGGCUACAACCAAGACGGUCUGUCCAGCGGCGUCUUAGCAGCGAUCAUCUGCGCGGCAGUGGCCGUAGUCCUACUCAUACUCAUUCUAGUGGUCAUCGUAUGUCAACGCAAGCACGACCCCACGGGAUGGAUCGGCAGGAAACGUCUCAACCCAGAUGCAUUGUGGAUCCACAAGAGAUACUCAUACGGAGACGAACAUUCUCUCGAUUCCUACCCGGAUGACAGUAGCGGCAACUCGGGCCAGAAAGGGACGUACGACGUGGCCAUCGUGAACGAGAACUACCUGGCCGACGACACGAUGAUGUCAACAGACUCCGCUUACGAUCUGGGGAGCGGCGACGGACAGCUGAUGGAGGAAGGGCAGAAGAAAAAGAAGAAAAGAAAGCGGCCCAAAGGAUGGUCUGAUGUGAUCUACAAAAGCCCAAGAAGUCCUGGUGUUGUAUUGGUGAAGAAAGCGGUGAUUGGGGAUUCUGACUUCAGCCCGCCGCCAGUAGCGCUUGCCAACCAAACUCUUGAUGAAGUUCGUCCUGAGGAUGAGACAGAAACAAGAGAGAAAGAUGAAUCAGCGAAGAACCCCACCGAAGAACAGAAGGAUGAAAAAGGCUCUGUGGAUCCAACUCCUCACAACCCUGACAUCUCAACCAUCUCAGCUGAUUUUCCAAUUGCAACUGACUUCCCAGUGCCCGACGAGGAUGAAUCAUUUCACGGCCACAAUGCCGAGUUUCUGUCAUCGGAGGCUGACUUUCCCGUACACAACGCCGAGUUUCUGACCGCCCACGCCUCGGCCGCAGCCGCUGCGCAGUUCCCGGUCUUCCCCAACGCCAACGACAGUUUGAACCUCGCCGCGGAGCUGAACGUGGACGGCAAACAGAUGCGCAAAAUGGCGCGCAAGGCCGCGCGGGAGCAGAAACGCAAAGAGAAGAAGGAACGCAAGGAGAGGGAGAAGGUGGAGGGGGCGGGGUCAGGCCGGAGCAGGAGGCGGAAGCUGUCGGACCGCAUCACCAACCUGCGCAAGCGAGGCUCGCUGAGCUUCAACCGGGAAGAUAAUGACGGAGGCGGGGGCGGGGUGGUGGAGAGGGAUUACCCCAUGAUGACUGAACGGCAGAAGGAAAAUGCUGCCAUGUUUUGACAUUGAAGAAGAAAUGAAACGGACUGCCUCUUAUUCUAAAAGGCAGCAUUAAGGCUGGUUCAGACUUCAUGCAAAUGCGAAGUGAAUAUGAUGUCACAAAACCUUCGCUGCAAAGUUUGUCACAGUUUUUGAAUGUGUUCAACUUUUGCAAAUAUGCAGCACGAAAAAAAACUUCUGUGUGAGGUAACAAAAUCAAAAUCGCAUUCGUAGAUGCAUUCAUUUCAUUGGUCAAGAUGCCAUUACAAAAUACAAAUAGCCAACUCACAAACUGCAACUUGAAUUUUGUUUGAUUGAAAGACAGAGAGAUAAUUUGGUCAUUCACUCUGCAAGCUAAUAUAGUAGUCAAAAGGUAAUCAAGAAAAGUGUUCUACUCCCUGUAAGUUUAUUACAAGCAUUUAUUUUACUGGACUGCAGCUGUAGGCCUAUAGUGUGUGUAUUGAACGUAAUGAUAGCUCAUUGUAUACAAAAAAUGAAUGUUUGUGAGUGCAAUGGUAAGAAUAAUUUCAUGAGGUAACCUAUGAAAUGGAAUAUUUCAUUUGUCACCGAAUAAAAUUAUUCUUUCCAUUGCACGAACGUGAAACAUUCAUUAUUUGUUUAUAUAACACCUGAAUAAAUCCUUGUCAUCUGA